GAUAUUACCCGAUAACUUAUUGCAUGUUAUCAUAGUUAUGCGGUGUAAAUCUCUCCAAAUAUAGCGCUGACAUGAUAAAGGAAAUAGUUUAGUUGAUGUAAUGACUAGCAGUUAGAGAAAAAGAUUUUAGUGUAUUUUGAUUACAAUUAUUUAAUACUGGAUUAUGUGGGGAUGUUUAGUUUCGUUAUAUACUUGUAUAGUAUUCACUGUUUCUUGCAUCCAUGUCACACAUGCCAUUCUCAAUUUGACAGUAGAAGCCAAGUUAAAUCAUGAGGUCAAGUUACCGUGUCGGCUCCCAUCUGGAGAUUACUACGGUGUUAAUGUGAGAUGGUUUAACAAAAAGGACGGAUGGUUGACGGACGGAAAUACGGUAUACAAACACCCGGGUCAAAUAUUUAUAUCCAAACCUGCACCAAAUGAGUGGAAUUUGCACAUUAAGAGAAUUUCUACAUCAUUUGAAGAUAUAUAUACCUGUCAAACAGCGAAAGGAACGGUAUUGUCUUACAUCAAACUUGCAGUUGAAACAUCUCCUAGAAUUGACGAUGAGAAGUCGUCGCCAAUACGUGUAACUUUAGCUGAAAAUACAAUGGUUGUACUGACAUGCACAGUAUCUGGCACACCGGAACCGGAAAUAGCUUGGUACCGAGGAUUAUCCGAAACAGCAACCGGUAUUACAGGUCCCGAAUUGAAAAUUCGUGACGUCACGAGAUACGCAGCAGACGAAUAUAUAUGCCGUGCUAAAAACACGAAUGGUGAAGCAGAGAGAAGGAUACGUGUAGCUGUCAACUUUGCACCGGAAGUGACUGUGAUGGAACCAGUGGUAUAUGCAGCUGGCGGAGAAGUUGUUGUUAUGUCAUGCGCAGUAAAAGCCUCUCCUCUCUUCGAUGCAUACUGGACAAAAGGGACAGAUGUGUACGGCACGCCGAUUGAACCAGGCUGGAAAUAUCUUGUAAUGGUGGACGAAGAAAGUGACAAUAUACCUGUCAGGUUUUUAACUUUGAUCAUCCGUAAAUCUAUAGUUUCUGCUCAAGACUACGGUAUGUACACGUGCGUUGCUAAAGGGGAGCGUCACGUGGCACAGAACUCAGUGGAACUCAGAGCAAGGAAACAGAAAAGUGUGCGAGUGAGAGGUAAAUAACGCUAACGGAUAUGACGUAUGUGUAAGCGGAAACUGUGAUCUGUAUACAGACGACCCAAAGAGUGAUGUGAAAUUGAAGGAGUUCCACGCAGACUCGAACAGUCGUGAUAGAUAUGAGUGACCAUUUCAUACAGGACAACAGUGAUAUGAAAUGUGACUGACCAGUUAAAAGAAUAAAAAAUGAUGUCAAAAUUUAUUUUUCUUCAUGCUGUGUUUACGUUACCUCAUAACUGAAGUAGAUGUUUUUUGAUAAAAGAUGUGUGAAAAUGCAUUACUUAUGUAUUCUAUUUUUCAUUGAUAUCAAUAUAAAAAACUUUAGUGUUCAAUGCGCGUUAAAAUUGGGUUAUUAUAACAAUAGCUAGAUCUGGGAUGCUGUAUUCGGCACGAGUGGAUUUUGCCAGAUCGGAUGUCACGAGGCGCGCAAGCGGCUAGCGUGAUCUGACCUUGCAAAAUCCACAGGAACCGAAUACAAAAUCCCAGAGUCUGGCUACUUUUAUUAUAUACCUCCACUGUUUGUUUUUUUAAUAUCGACCGAAUCUUCAAUAUUUGUCAAUGUUGAAAUAGAAAUGGGUGAAGUUUUAUAUGCCCUAUUUAUAGAACUGUGUCAGAUCAUACAUAUUAAAUGAAAGUAUUCCAGCAACAUACAAUACAAAAGGUACAAUACGGAUAUUUUCUUCCAGUUCAUAUUUACUUUUUAAAUACUAGCCGUAUUGAUUACCGAAUUUAUACAGGUAUAUGAUAAAAAUAUUUAUAAUCGAGGUAAUUUAUCUCGCGAAAAGCAUUACAAACGCUUUUCGAUUUUCAUCGUUAAAAGUAGUAAAAACAAUUAAUUCUCAUGUGUUUCCGUAGCAUAUAGUCUGUCAGUAAUUAAGUUUCAAAGCAUUCUUAAGAAAUACGGCAUUAAUUUCCAGAUAUCUAAAAAAUCACUUUUUUUUUUGUUUUCGAACGAUCUGGAGGCCAGUAAAGAAUACUAGUAAUCUAAAAUUUGCUAUUUAUUCAAUACACAUACAUUUUCGAACCGUACGGAAGCUACCGGAUCUUUUCGAAGUUUAUUUAUACAUGUUGUAAAGAAAACAAAAGUCUAGAAGCUAUGGGUUCAGAUCAUGCGUAGAUGUUGCAAGAAAGAUUAUUUUACCUAUGAGGAAACGCUUUUCUGAUGUGGUCAUCUAAACUCUGUUGUACAGUAUAACUCUUUAAUAUGGUUGAAAUUUCUAUAUCACUGUUACAGGAUCAUUAAAUUAUCAUUUGACACCUGUGCACUUUGGAUAUAGGUGUCCAUACAGCGUUUUGGUCGGAUUAUCAAAACUUUAUCAAGAAUAUUUAAUUCAGUCUUUUACAUUUAUUUUAUAUUUUGAUAUUUAUAUUUUGUAAAUAAAGUCAUGGUCUUUGAAUAAAUUCGUUUUUGUUGAAA